AUGCCCAUGCACAACGGUUUCCUCCCCCGCGAGGGCUUCAAGGGAGACACGGUCCUCAAAAUCAUCCGCGACACGGCGCUCAACCCGCAGCUCGUUCUCCCGCUGCUUCUCUUGACCAAGUACACUAAGAAGGGCCAGGACUGGGCUAUCCUCCACCCAUUGGCCUACUCCCGCCUCAAGAAGCUUUUGGUGUUUGGCCUUGUCAGGUGGAUCAACAACUACUUCUCUCGAAAGGUCCUGAACAACUGGGUCGACGACAAGUAUGACUGGUCGAAGGAGAUCGUCGUCGUAACAGGCGGCGCUGGCGAACGCAAAGCCCCCAACGUCCACUACUUCAAGUGCGACCUCACCUCGCGCAAAACCCUCUCGACCGUGGCGCGCGAGGUGCGCCUCGCGGUAGGCGACCCCACGGUCCUAAUCAACAACGCGGGCGUGGUGCAAGGGCGCACCAUCCUCGAGUCCUCGGAGCGCGACAUCCGCUUCACCUUCGACGUGAACACCUUCGCGCACUACUGGACCACCCAAGAAUUCCUGCCCGCCAUGGUGCGCGCCAACCACGGCAUGGUGGUGACGGUAGCCUCGGUGGCCGCGUGGGUGACGGUGCCCAACAUGGUCGACUACGCCGCCUCCAAGGCGGCGGCGCACGCCUUCCACGAGGGCCUCACGGCGGAGCUGGCGACGCGCUACGGGGCGCCGCGCGUGCGUACCGUGCUGGUCAACCAGGGCUACACCACCACGCCGCUGUUCCGGGGCUACCGCAACGACAGCCCCUUCCUGAUGCCCGCGCUGUACCCGGCCACGGUGGCCGAGGCGAUUGUGAGGCAGGUGCUAAAAGGGGAGAGAAACCAGUUGAUCCUGCCCGGGUUUGCGGGCACGUUGCCCGUGCUGGCCGGGAUGCCGCAUUGGUACCAGACGCGGUUGAGGGCGAAGAAUCAGACGAUUAUGAAGGCGUUUGCGGGGAGGAAGGUGGUGGAGGAUGUGGAGCGGUUUUAUGAGGAGAAGGAGGAGGCGGAGAAUAGGGGGAAGAGGGUUACGGUGGAAGAGGAGGCGGAGGAGGGCGUCGGGGCGGGCGCGAGUACGGUUUUGGUGGAGAAGUGA